AUCUUUUUGGAUUUGCCAUAUUCAUCUGAACGCAUAUGGACUGCUCCUGGUUACCAAGUCGUUGGUGCGUCAUCACGCUCCAAGAUUUGCUGGAGGAAGAAAAGUUGGAUACGCGGUAGGUACACUUCCUCCCUCCUUCUUCCCCGUCGCUGUCCAAAGCAGGCGUCCCCGUCGCGGCAGAUUUUCAGAACCACCAAUUCACGCUCGCGCCACCAACCAACCAUCCAAGAUCCAAGCACGCUGCCAUGGCGGGCGCCGCCGACUACGACCGCGCGGCCGACCUCCGCGCGCUGGACGCCACCUUCUCCGGCGUCCACGGCCUCGCGGCCUCCGGCAUCACCCGGCUCCCGCGCAUCUUCCGCGCCGCCGUCCCCGACGCGGCCGGCCAAGUCCAAGAGCCACCGCCGCCGCCGUCGCCGGCCGCUAUCCCGGUGAUCGACCUGAGCGGCGGCCGCGCGGCCACGGUGGCCGCCGUGGGGCGGGCGGCGGCGGAGUGGGGGUUCUUCCAGGUGACGGGCCACGGGGUGGCCCCCGAGGUGGCCUCCGCGGCGGUGCGGGCGGCCAGGGCGUUCCACGAGACCCCCGGCGGGGAAGGCAGCGAGAAGGCGCGGCUCUACUCGCGCGACCCGGCCAUGGCCGUCAAGUACAACUGCAACUUCGACCUCCACCAGUCCAAGCUCGCCAACUGGCGCGACACCCUCUACCUCCGCAUGGCCCCCCACCCGCCGCCGCCCGCCGACAUGCCGGACUCCUGCCGAGACGUGUUCUUUGAGUACGCCGAGCAGGUGAGGAACCUCUGGGACAAGCUCUUCGGGCUGCUGUCCGAAGCACUGGGCCUCAACACAAGCCACCUGUCUGACAUGGGGUGCAACAAGGGGCAGAUGAUCCUCUGCCACUACUACCCUCCCUGCCCGGAGCCCUCCCACGCCGUCGGCACCACCCGCCACUCCGACUCCGGCUUCCUCACCGUGCUCCUCCAGGACGCCGUCGGCGGGCUCCAGAUCCUCCACGGGGACCGGUGGCUCGACGUCACGCCGAUCCCCGGCGCGUUCAUCGUCAACGUCGGCGAUCUCUUGCAGAUGGUCUCCAAUGACAGGUUCAGGAGCGUGGAGCACAGGGUCGUCCUCGGUGCCGCCAAGGAUGCCGCCAUGGCGAGGGUCUCCAUCGCGUGCUUCCCCAGCGACCCGGAUUCGACGAGGGUGUACGGCCCCAUCAAGGAGCUGCUGUCGGAGGAGAACCCGGCGUUGUAUCGGGAGACGCUCGCGAGGGACUACGUCGCGCAUUACUACUCGCUCGGGUUAGGCCCUAAGAUGGCCAUGAAUGAUUUCCGUCUAUGAAUGAAUGAAUUUGAUGGCAAGACCUUUCGGGAAGAAAUUCAAGUUCGUGGGUGAUGUUGAUUCCAAGAGUGGCUGGCUUGUGUAUUCUCUAAUGCAUUGCCAGACGUUAAAUUA